AUGGCUCCCAGCAAGAGAACCCCAACUCUAGCGGAGAUUGCCCUGGUACCCCUGAAGAGCUGCCUGGUCAACCUGCCCUCGCCGCUGGUUUCUCUACUUGUCAAUGCCAAUACUCCUGCGCAAAACGUUAUUGUCGAACUACAACACCGCGGUCAAUCAACAUCCCCCUCCAAUUCUGGGAAAAAUGGGCAGGCAGUACAGAAAUCAACACAUGUCGGCUGGACAGGUAUGCCUAGUAAGAGAAAGCUGGCACCGGUUGUAACGCGGGACGGUAUCAACGGCACAAGGGGGCAGCAAAAGGACCAGGAUGUGGCUGUCCUGGAAAUUGAUUCAACCUUUGGAAGAGUAUUGGGUUUGAGUGACGGACAGAAGGUUGGUGUUCUUCUACACUUAGAUCCACCGGUUGCCCAUACUGUCAACAUUGAACCGUUGACCCCGGCGGACUGGGAGAUCAUCGAGCUACAUGCCAACUUCCUGGAGCUGAACCUCCUAUCCCAAAUCAGGGCGCUUCCCAACCCUGCCUAUGCUCCAUCUACCGAACAAGCAGAGCACACGCAUCCACUAACUCUACAUCUCUCACCUACUUCCACUGCGAAUAUAACCGUUACAUCUCUCACUCCCCAGGCACCGUCAACAUCGCCUUUCGCGAAAAUAUCACCCGAUGCAGAAGUGAUUGUUGCACCCAAAGUCCGUCCGAAGACCGGAAGAUCGUCCCAGAGUGGAAACCGGAGUACCGCGAGCACUGGCCGCAGGAGCCAGGGAGCAAGGAGUGUUAGCAGUGCUCAGAGACCCCGCAGUAGUCACUCAGAAUCGUCCUCACGAGGCGCACUUUUCUUACGGGCUGUAGACCGGAAGACAGCCUUGAAUUGGUUCGAGGAUGAUUCUGAAGCUGAGAAGGAUGAAGGCCUUAAAGUAUGGAUUGACCGUGAUGUUCUAUUAAAAAAUGAGCUACGAGGAUCUUCCUGGGCUUGUGUAUCCAUCAUACGGCCAGCUGCACUACAAGCACCUAUCGACCCACAGCAACAGGCUCAGCAGAAGGAGCUGAUUUCACCCGAGGCUGGAAGUAUCUCGAGGAAGCUUGUGGCCAGGCUUCUCCCUUGGGAUGAGAGCCCAGAUACCGAACAUGUCGCUUUAUCGUCCCUCUUAUGUUCUGCCUUGGAAUUUGAUGGCGCAGUCGGCGGUGUUGUUCGCAUAGAGGCUGCUCCAUCUCCAAUCCAGAAACCAGCAGUCAAGACACUAAAACUGUUUCCCUUUGGAACAGACUUGUCAAAAAAGAAAGAUGGCUUCAGAUUCGGCGGCGACUCAGCAAGCUCUCGGGAUGCGUUCGUCGAACGUUUAAAAAUGGUAUACGGGAGUCCCGGCUCUGACACUGGCAUGUUGAGCGGCCCCAUUACAGACGGAAUGUUUCUCCCAAAGCUAGACGACCAAAUGAGAACCUUAGAUUUCGACGGAGGAAUGAUUAAAUUUGACCCUCCGCUGGAUGGAAACUCAGCCGAUGCCAAACUGGCAUUUGGCUGGGUACUUGGUUCCGAAAGCAAGAUUGCCAUUGAAGUACAAGCAGCAAUACCCAAACCGCCGGACCUCUCAUUCCAGCCUAUACCACCCGAUGAAGUUUUACCUACUGAGAUCCCCAAGCUAGUAGGAAUCAAACCUGUUAUUACAAACUGCAUGUCGAACCUUACUCGAGCUUCAUCUAUCCUUCUCACUGGUGGGCUAGGAUCGGGCAAGACAUCGCUUGCGCAUCUACUUGCUCACCAACUACGAGAAGACCACUUGUUCAAUGUCACAUACUUCCCUUGCCGAAAGUUGCUGAAUGAAGAAACUCGCAUCUCCGCAAUUAAAGAAACCCUACGGCGGCUGUUCCUUUCAGCUUCCUGGUGUGCAAGGCUCGGUGGGAACUCAGUUGUCGUAUUAGACGAUUUGGACAAACUGUGCCCUGUCGAGACGGAGCUCCAAGUCGGUGGUGAGAAUGGCCGAAGCCGCCAAAUCAGUGAGAUUGUUUGCUCUACUGUCCGGGAAUUCUGCUCUGCCUCAUCGCCAGUGGUGUUACUGGCAACUGCGCAGGCAAAAGAAUCCUUAAACAAUGUUAUUAUUGGUGGCCAUGUUGUCCGAGAGAUCAUCAGCCUGAAGUCACCGAAUAAAGAUGGGCGACGACUGAUUCUCGAGCAGUUGACGAAGGAAGAUAAAGCUCCCAACAUGCAGGGAGAAAUGAAUGGCCACAUUCGCAAACCUAGCUCUUCGUCUCAGGAUUCCUGGCUCAACCCAUCGAAUUCUACAUCACGACCGGGAUCCUCUGGUCAAUCCGAUGGGUUCGUUCUGAGCAGAGAUCUUGAUUUCCUAGAUCUAGCAGGCAAAACAGAUGGCUAUAUGCCCGGUGAUUUGGUGCUGUUGGUAUCCCGCGCCAGGAAUGAGGCCUUAAUUAGUGCAGUGCAAGACACUACAUCUUCUUCAACCGUCAUCACUCUAGGUACAGAGGACUUUGACCGAGCAUUAAAGGGAUUUACACCUGCGUCCCUACGAAACGUAACUCUUACCUCCUCCUCGACCACAUUCUCAGCGAUUGGCGGCUUGCAUAGUACAAGAAACACCCUCCUUGAAACCCUGCAGUAUCCUACAAAAUAUGCCCCCAUUUUCUCCCAAUGCCCACUCCGACUCCGUUCCGGUCUUCUACUUUAUGGGUUCCCCGGAUGUGGUAAAACGCUUCUUGCCAGUGCCGUUGCAGGAGAAUGCGGUCUCAACUUUAUUAGCGUGAAGGGCCCUGAGAUUCUCAACAAGUAUAUCGGUGCCAGUGAAAAGAGUGUGCGUGAUCUUUUCGAGAGAGCCGAAGCUGCACGCCCUUGCAUUCUCUUCUUUGACGAGUUUGACAGUAUUGCACCAAAGCGUGGCCAUGAUUCCACCGGUGUGACAGACAGAGUCGUCAAUCAGCUGCUUACACAGAUGGACGGUGCCGAAGGUCUGUCUGGAGUAUAUGUCCUAGCAGCGACCUCUCGACCAGACUUGAUUGACCCUGCAUUGCUACGACCUGGCCGUCUUGACAAAUCCUUGUUAUGCGAUAUGCCCAACCACGCCGACCGUGUUGAUAUAAUUCAAGCGCUGAGUGGGAAACUGAAACUCAGCGACGAUGUGAUGUCCCGACUCUAUGAAGUAGCCGGCCGAACAGAAGGAUACUCUGGCGCCGACCUUCAGGCCGUUGUAUAUAAUGCCCACCUCGAAGCCAUCCAUGAUGCUCUAGGUGACCGAACACCAGCUCCCGAAACGACAUCGAAGUCCUCCAAGAAAUCAAAAACGACUUCAUCCUCUGAAACGACUGAAACUUCUUCGAAAUCCUCACAAGCCAGCAAACCGUUUAUCCAGUUCCUAUACGAUUCGACAGAACAUAGUAUCGCUACUACCUCCAGGGGGGUGAGAAACACUUCCCUCGACCCGCCGGCUGUAAUUGCAGCUAAAAUCGAGGAACUUAAGAAAGCUCGCCUGCGCCAAAAGCAGGCACAGCGCAACCCUCUAUCUGAUCCAACGUCAAAGAUGGAGGCGAACAAGGCUCCUGGUGAUGCGGGACUAGAUGAUGAAGAUAAGGACUCUGAUGAGAUCUGCAUUGAAUGGACACAUAUUGAGAGGUCGCUCGCUACCACUCGCUGCUCCAUCAGUGCAGUAGAGAGGAAGAGGUUAGAGAGUAUAUAUCGCGAGUUCAUAGUGGGCAGAAAUGGGGAGAUGCCCACUGGUGAAGGCGCAAGAGAUGUUGGAGGUAGAACGACGUUGAUGUAA